AUGGUCACUAAGAAUGAAUACAGGGAUUUAGGGAAGAUGCUUGAAGUAACUGAUCUUCAUGAAAAAGAUAGUAGUGGGGAAUAUUAUACUUGGACAAAUAACCAAGCUAAUGUUGUGAUAUACUCUCUUAUAGACCAUGUACUUGGUAACUUAAGUUGGCUGCAACAACAUAUAGAUUUCAAACUUCAAAUUCUAAAUUCUGGGGUGUCAGACCACUCCCUCAUGUGCCUGUGUAGACAAGAAGACAAACAUCCUAGUAGAACGCCUUUCAAGUUCAAAAAUGUAGUCACUAAUGUCUUAGAUUUUAAAGAAGCUGUGAGAGAGAACUGGAACAACCCUAUGUUUGGUGCUACUGCUAUGUGCAUACUGUGGAAAAAGCUUAAACGUCUCCAACUCGUUAUUAAAUCCUUGAGCAGAACCUUCAUUGGCAUAUCAAGAGAAUUGUCCAAAGCCAGAGAGCAACUCACUACUGUACAAAAAGAUCUUCUAACGGAUCAGUUUAAUAUGCAGAUUAUUAAGAAUGUCAAAAGUUGCACAAUGCAAGUUCUGAACCUGAGCAACCUUGAGGAGCAGCUUCUUAGGCAAAAAUCGAAGGUUGAUUGGCUUAAAUUAGGAGACGGUAAUAACACUUAUUUUCAUGCGUCCUUAAAAUCAAAAACUAGGAAAACGCAAAUUAUAUCGCUUUUUACUAAGAAUGGUGAUAUGAGUUUUGAGCAGGAGAAAAUAGCAGAGGAGAUUAUUAUGUUUUACAGGAACCUGGUUGGCACUAAGAGCAACCAAUCAGAUAGUAUUGAUCUUGUAGCUAUGAGGCAAGGCAAGCAGCUCACCAGUGAUCAGAGGGAAUCUUUGUUGAUGCCUAUAACUGAAGAAGAAAUUGUAAACAAUAUCAAAGGCAUUAGUGACAUCUAUGCACCGGGGAUUGAUGGGUAUAAUGCAAAAAAUUUCAAAGCUACAUGGAGCAUAACUAAGGUAGACGUCAUUGCGGUGGUGAAUGAAUUCUUUGAGAAAGGUCUUAUCUACAAAGCAAUUAACUGUUCUGUAAUCACUUUGAUUCCUAAAUCGAACAACGCCAAUAUGGUGAAAGAUUUUCGCCCUAUCGCGUGUUGUACUGUUAUUUACAAAAUCAUUUUAAGGAUUAUGUCUAUGCGUCUGGGGAAAGUAUUGAGUGCAGUUCUGCAUCAGAGUUAA